UCAACCUUCUUUUCUUCAGGGCUUUCCGCAUCAUGGAUGACGACAAAAGCAGGACCCUUGAUUUCAAAGAGUUCACGAAAGGGCUCCAUGAUUACGCUGUGCUGAUCGACAAAGCCGAAGCCGAAAAGAUUUUCCAAACCUUCGAUAAAGAUGGGAACGGAACAAUUGACUUUGAUGAAUUUCUCCUAACAUUAAGACCUCCUAUGUCCAAUUCAAGGAAAGAAGUCAUCAUGCAAGCUUUUCGAAAGCUAGAUAAGACCGGGGAUGGAGUCAUCACCAUUGAAGAUUUGCAAGGGGUCUACAAUGUAAAACAUCAUCCCAAGUACCAAAAUGGAGAAUGGAGUGAAGAGCAGGUUUUUAGGACUUUCCUGGACAACUUUGAUUCACCCUAUGAUAAAGAUGGACAGGUCACAACAGAGGAAUUCAUGAACUAUUACGCUGGUGUCAGUGCUUCGAUAGAUACCGAUGUCUAUUUCAUUGUGAUGAUGAAAAAUGCUUGGAAAAUCUGAUCUCCUAAAAUGACUCUGUUAUUCUUGUGCUUUUGCUCUAAACAUCUCCUUCAUCCAAUGUGCAGGACAGUGGUUAUACUAGCUAUACAGAAUGGCGUUGGCAGCCUUUACCAAAAUAAAUUAAAAUGCCUUAUUCUUAC